AUGAAAAUAGCUCAGAGCAGACAAAAAGGUUAUGUUGAUGUUAGGUGUAAAGACUUAGAGUUUAAAGAUGACAACAAAGUAUUCUUGAAGAUGGCUCCCAUGAAAGGUGUUCUAAGGUUUGGAAGAAAGGGGAAGCUAGCAUGGUUUAUUGGGCCUUUCGAGAUCUUGGAGCGAACUGGCCCCGUAGCAUAUCGGUUAGCAAUGCCACCAUCUUUCUUCGCGGUUCAUAAUGUUUUUAAUGUCUCCAUGUUAAGAAAGUAUGUAGUAGAUCAGUCUCAUGUAGUAGGUUAUGAGCCAUCACAGUCGAAUGAGAACUUAAUUUAUGAGGAGAGGCCUACUCGAAUUCUCACCAGAGAGGUGAAGACUUUAUGCAACAUGGAUAUAGCACUUGUGAAGGUUUUAUGA